UACUAGAAAGAGAAAGAAGGGAAAAGAAAAGAAACAUAGUUAGUAGUUUUCCAUUAUAACCAUUGCUACAAACAAUAACAAGAAAAGCUCUUACCUUUUGGUUUUUCUUUUUACACAUUCUUUUUUCGCAUCUUCGCCCAGUGUUAGUGUAAAUUAACAAUUCUUCAUUAACUUUUCACCAUCUUUUUCACACCUUUGUUAUUUUGAAAACACCUUUUCCCUCUGAUCUCGGUGUAAGAUUAUGAAUGAGGAAUCAGAAAAGCAUGAAGUUAAUCAUGUUCAGGAUAAGUUAAAUCAACUUGAAUGUCUUGCUGAUACAUUAUCAGGAUCUGGGUCUAAACCAGGAAAACCCACAUCAUCGUCAUCAUCAGCCUCACUGACACAGGGAACUUCAACUUCAUCAACACCGACACCUUUUAUCUCGACAACAUCAACUUCAACACCAACAAAGGGACUAAACUGCAAUGAACCCACCUUAGAUGACUCUUCCUCACAGGAUUCGUUAAUGAAUGGAGACCAUGGAAUUUCUGGGAAUACAGAAAAUGGAGAUCGAAAGCCAGAUGCUAACUCAAUCAAGAUGUUUGUGGGUCAAAUACCAAGAGAAUGGACCGAAUGGUCAUGUAAAGAGCUUCUCGCCGAGUUUGGUGACAUUUACUCGCUCCAUGUGCUUCGAGAUAAAAAGACUGGAAUAAGUCGAGGCUGCUGUUUUGUCACUUUCUAUUCUCGUAAAUCAGCUUUGGACGCUCAAAAUGCUCUGCAUAAUCUACGAACUCUUCCUGGUAUGCAUCAUCCCAUCCAAAUGAAACCAGCGGAUAGUGAGAACCGUAAAGUUAAAACAAGGCGACCCGCCUUGGUUUCACCAACAUAUUCCAAUAAUUUGACCGCUGCUUCGUGGCCGAUAAAAAGUGCAACAGCAACACCAAUAACAGCCGACACCAUAAUUACAAACCCAUAUGUGGCUCUGGUGGUUGCAGCGGCAGCAGCUCAACAACAACAGCAACAACAGCAACAGCAAAAAGUUCAACAGCAGCAACACCAACAACAACAACAGCAACAAUUGGCUGCUGCUGUUGCCACCUUAGCCUUACAACAACAACUUGCAGUUAGUAAUCAAGACGCUUUAAGUUUAACUGCAGCUACACUCGCAUCAAAUCCAAUGUUAGCAGCAUUAUAUGGAGCACCAACCAACGGAGCUGCUACAACUUGCCUUCCAUCGCCAACAUUAAAUAAUAAUACAGGCCUUGCUGGGAUAAGCCUCGUCCAGCCCUCCUUUACUAGUCGCAGUCCAACAAUACAAAGUCUGAGUAGUUUAACUGGAGGUCAAAGCAGUCCCAUAACCGGGUCAACGGUCAAUCAAUCCACCAAACAAAUGGAAGGUCCGGAGGGAUCCAAUCUUUUUAUCUAUCAUCUUCCCUCCGAUUACACUGAUGUUGAUCUAGCGCAAACAUUCGCAUCUUUCGGAAAUGUGAUAUCGAGUAAAGUUUUUAUUGAUAAAAACACCAAUUGCAGUAAAGGUUUCGGUUUCGUCUCCUUUGACAACCCAAUCUCGGCGCAAGCAGCAAUUCAAGCCAUGAACGGAUUUCAAAUUGGAAACAAGCGACUUAAAGUACAAUUAAAAAAGAUCAGGGACAAGCCCUAUUGAAUCACUACUGGCAAACCAAAAUUAAUAUUUUCAAUUUUUCUUGCGUUUUCGUCUUUUCUAUUUACUCUUCUCCUACCUGCUAUUAUUCAUUUUCAUCUUUCACCCUAUUCCUUCUUCUCCUUCCCACCCUUAUCAUCCUCUUCAUUUCCCUUCUUCUCUUAACUUUAAUAAUCUCCCACUUUUCCCUAUCAUGCCUCUUUUAUUCCUCUUUACGUCAUUUCUCUCUCUUGUCCCCUUUUCUCAUCAUCUUUAUUCAUCCUCCAAAUGAUAGUUGAAUAGAGAAUGUUUUCAUUUUUGAAUCUUUCUCUCUCCCAUCUUCCAAUCUCCCUUCUCUUCCUACUUUGUAACUGUUUCUUUCAUCUUUCCUUUCCUUUCAAUGGUCUGGACAAAAAAUGCAAGUGAAACCAGUGUCAUUGAUGAUUUAACUGAUGAUGAUACUAAUGAAAAAUGUGAUGAUGGUCAAUUGUUAGCUUUUUUGUUCCUUUCUCUCUCUCUCUCUUUUUCUAUUACUGUUGCCAUGAUGAAAGAUGAUAUUUUACACAAUUGUACAUCAUAAACAUUAUGACCACUACAUAUUAUCAUAAUCACAAUUAUGAUUAAGACAUUUGUUUCUCUUGUAACCUUUUCCCUCUUUCCCAUUAUGCCUAUUACACUGCACGCAGUUAGCCUUCAUCUAAUGCUAUUGAUAAAUUUUGAUGCCAACAACAACCACUUUUAAUAUGUAUAUGUAUCAAUGGAAAGCAAAACCAAAAGCGACAACCAGAUAAAUGAGAAAAAAAACACUUUUCUUUGCCAUAAAACAAACAAGAAGAAAAAAAAACACUGAACCAACAAAAAAUUGUUUUUGUCCUUAAAAUACACAGAAUAUAAUAUUACAACAAGAACACUAAAAACAUGUAAAUGUCCUUGUAAAGUAAAACCAAGAUUUUUAUUGUGCUUA